UCGCAGUCAACUCUAGUCGGAAGGGGUCGAGGCAGAUUUGUUUACGGAAUUUUUUGUCACUGCGCCUCCGGGCGGCGAAUUUCUCUUAAUAUUUUUUGUGUUUUCGCGACAGAAAGUGACCGAGAUACUCGCGGCCACCGAACAAGUUCGAAAUUUGAGAGCGCGCGUGGUAAAUCUGCGAAUUUUCAAGUGCUCAAGAGAAAGUGUCAGAGCGCGGAGACCUUCAGCUGACUGAGGUCUGGCAUUUGUCUCGCACGACCGGAAAUUCCACAGCAAAGCCUUGAGGCGUCAAAACAAAGCCGCGGCCGAUGGCAAGUGCCGGAAAAUCUCAGGAAUUAAGCGAAAAUCGCUGGAAAUCGUCCUGAAUUGGGCGCUUUUGACACUUCACGUUGCCGUGAUUGUGACGUAACCGCGCGCGGAGGGCUGAGUGGUGGACGGCGACUGACAGUCGCGAAGGACGCGUAAGUGUCAAAUCGGCGGCGCUUUCUGUUUUGGUUUCACGUCGAGUUGCGCGCGGGUCGCCGGGCGUGGAUAAAUGAAUUUUUGUUUACAAAAAGGCUGAAAAGACCACGUGGGGCUGGCGGUGUGUAGGUGGUUGUGGCGAUAGUGAGUGAACGUGUGUGGGUGCGCCUCGCCGCGAUGUUUUUGUUGACUUCCGCGUUCUAAUGCGUUGACGGUUGGGCCGAGCGAUUCCAAUUGGGAAGUGCAGUGUCAACUUGGAGCCUGAAAGUGGUUUUGUUUAUCGCUGAAUCGAGUGCGCUUUGUUGUGUUUAUGUGGAUUAUGGCUCCCAAGUGCGUUAGCCCAGAGAUGGGGGAAUGAGGGGGCGGCGGAUCAAUGAAAGAUUCAGAUAAUCGCGUGUGGAUAUAUCGAAGCAAUUUUGGAUACCGCCGGGCGAGAAGGAAGCGCGGACGACAUGCCGUCGUCUAUCACGGGCUGCGACGAUGCACCGGAACUGAACGGUGUUCGUCAAACGGACAGUAUGUCGAAUUUGAGUGAUAUGUCGGGUAAUACAGCCAUUCAAGCGGGCAGACCACGAAUGGAUGUCGCGCUUGUAAUCGAUAUCCAACAGCCGGAAAAUGUCACUCACCGUAAAGCCGCUCUAGAAGAUGUGAAACAGGCCUGUGCCUUGGUCAAUGGCAAUUUACAAAUUAUACAGUUUCAGAAAUUGGACUUUGGAGAAACAAACGUUUUAGAAACGUUUUACAAUGCCGACGUAGCCAUCUUAGAUCUGUCGAUACAAGCACAACAAAUAGCCUUAUUUUAUCAUUUAGGGGUAAGAGAAAGUUUCGGUAUGAAGGGUAAUAUUCUGCUGUACAACGAGUCUCAAUCGGAGCAGACGUUUAGACUUAAGGUUUCUUGUGGCAGCUACACAUUUUUGCCAUAUAAACUUCAGGAGUGUGGGUGCCAGGUCAUCAAUGUAAAAGAAACUGACGCUCGGCCAGUUUCUUUAAUGACAAGACUAAAAAAAUUGCUUCAAGAAGUGGAAAUACAAUCAAAAACUCAUAUGCGUGAAAAAUUUCUGUCAGACCUCCGUAUUGCACGUGAACAAUUCGCGGGAAAUAGCGAAGAUCUUUCGAAAAUUCUGCGGAAGAUGCGAAAAAGAUUGGACGACCCAAAUGUUUUAUCAGGCGAAGUAGUGCACAGUUUUAUGUGCUCUUUAAGGGAUGUUCAAGACUAUGACUCAAUGGUCCACUUGGUGAACGAAUUGAGAACAAUCCCUACUAAAAGAAAGUAUGUUGAAACAGGCAAUAUGUGUUUCCUUUAUGCAUUCGCAUUGAAUCGUAGAAAUAAAGAGGGAGAUAGAGUUAAAGCUUUAGAAACGUGUGAAAGAGCGCUUGAGAAAAAAGAGAACCAAUUUCCUGAUAUGUUGUGCCUUUGUGGACGAAUUUACAAAGAUAUGUUUGUUGAGUCAGAACACACAGAUAUGGAUAGUCUUAAGAAUGCAAUUCGUUGGUAUCGCAGGAGCUUUGAAGUUCAACCCAACGAAUACGCGGGAAUUAAUCUCGCUACAUUACUUGUAAUCGAUGGAAAGGACUUUUCAAAUACUGAAGAGCUUCAACACAUUGGAAUGGUUUUGAACAAUCUAAUAGGGAAGAAAGGAAGCCUUUCUUCAUUAAAUGAAUAUUGGGAUGUGGCGACAUUUUUUGAGAUAUCGGUUCUAGCUGAAGAUUACGGAAAAGCAAUUCAAGCUGCCGAGUGCAUGUUUAAAUUAAAACCACCGAACUGGUACCUGAAGUCAACUAUCGGAAAUAUCGCAUUAAUCGAUCGAUUCAGGAAACGUUCGGAAGAUACCGUGUUUAGUCCUGAACAACAAAUUUUCCAAUUUUGGAUGGAGUUCUUUAUUGAAGCCACGAGAUCGGAGCCAACUAGUGGCAUUCGAUUUCCUAUUUUGAUCCUUGAACCGCAAAAAAUCUAUAUGCCUAGCCACGUAAAUGUCAACUUAGGGGCCGAGGAGAAAUCUUUGCAAAUCAUCAAUAUCUGCUUGGCACACUCCAAGGGUACUUGCAAGAAAGUUCAUGAUUUUUUGUAUACUGCCAAUCAGAUAAAAUCAGUGAGUUUAUAUAAACGUGAUGAACGCUGCGCCUAUCUUUAUGUCCAUCACAAUUCUGACGAUUUUCAAAUAUAUUUUCCGUCGGUGCAAUGUCGUCAACGCUUCUACGAUUUGGUUUUAGAAAUGACUGCGGAUCAGGAAGUGUUCGUAGAUUUAUCAAUUGAUCAGACUGAAAUAAAAUAUGAAUAUGACUACGAUGGUCAAAACAGAAAGACUGUUCUUGGAAAAGGCACAUACGGCAUAGUGUAUGCGGCACGUGAUAUGAACACCCAAGUAAGGAUUGCAAUUAAAGAAGUGCCAGAAAAGAUUACACAUGACGUACAGCCUUUACAUGAAGAAAUCAAACUGCAUUCGCAACUCAGACACAGAAAUAUUGUCCAGUAUUUGGGCUCAAUUUCGGAGAAUGGAUAUUUCAAGAUCUUUAUGGAGCAAGUUCCUGGAGGCUCACUAUCUGCACUAUUAAGAGAAAAGUGGGGUCCAUUGAAAGACAAUGAGGCUACUAUUGCAUUUUAUGCCAAACAAAUACUUGAAGGCUUAAAAUACCUACACGAUCAGAAAAUCGUACAUCGCGACAUCAAAGGCGACAAUGUUCUAGUCAAUACUUACAGCGGAGUUGUGAAAAUUUCCGAUUUCGGAACAUCAAAGCGCUUAGCUGGCAUCAAUCCCAUCACAGAAACAUUUACAGGCACGUUACAAUAUAUGGCACCUGAAGUAAUAGAUCAAGGCGUUAGAGGCUAUGGUCCAGCUGCUGAUGUAUGGUCAUUUGGUUGUACAAAUGUUGAAAUGGCAACGGGAAAGCCUCCGUUCAUUGAGCUUGGCUCAGCGCAGGCAGCAAUGUUUAAAGUGGGCUACUAUAAAAAGCAUCCAGAAAUACCUGAAGAGCUCAGCCCAAUGGCAAAGAAUUUCAUUCGGCGUUGCUUUGAAGUGGAUGUGGCUAAGCGAGCGACAUCCACUCAACUGCUAGAAGAUCCAUUCUUGUCUGAUAAGCACCGCAAAGCUGCACGCCCGCCAGUAAUCAACACUGAGUUUUCUAGAAGUGUUUCAGUCCCCGCCGAUCGACUUAUCUCAAAAACAACCCCAACGCCACAGCUUAGUGGAAGUGGCAAUACGCCAACAACUCCAGAAUUAGAUAUCUGUGUCACGAAAUCAUCACCAAUGAAGAGCUCACCUCAAGCAUAUUUAGCUCCAAUUCAAAUACCAAGUACAUCAAGCUUAAGUAGCUUAGCAAAUUCACCUUGUAUCGAUACUGAUGCUGAAGGGGAUGCAUUCGGAUUAAAUCGGCGCAGCUCAUCAGGCGGGCUACUAUCGCCGGAAGUGGAGAUAUCAGGAACCCCAUCUAAAACAUCACUCAAUGAGGCCAGUGAAAGCGACGGAUUCUAUUUGUUGAAGAAGGAUUCUCAGCGACGUGCAACACUAUCCAGAGUUUUGAAUCACGACGAAGAGAAAAUUUGCAACAUUUGGAUGGUGAAAAUUGAGAGUAAUCACAAAGUUGAAGUCGCUAUAGAUAAGUCACAUUUAGAAGUUAUGAUUCGAGCCCUAAGAAAUUACAUCAUGGAACAAAACAAAACUACAUUGGAAACGAAAAUGGCUGAUCUGAAAAAAAGUCUGGACUUUGAUUCAACAGCCAUCGAUCAUUUACAUUUGGCUCUCUACUCGUUCCAAGAUGCAGUUGUUACAGUAUUACGCUCACAUAGCAUCAAGCCACAUUGGAUGUUUGCUCUCGACAAUCUCGUGAAAAGUGCUGUACAGGCGGGAAUAACAGUUUUGUCACCAGAAUUAGGAGCUAAUCUCGCUGGUCAAGAGAAUGUAGGGGCAGCCGAAGAGGAUGAAACAGAGGAGAUAUCCACAUCCGUGAGUACGGUGAAUUCAACAAAAAUCCAGCCAAAAUCCUCCGAUAUGAAAUACCUUACACAAGAGAUGACUUCACUUCGUAUGGAAAACUCGCGAAUUCUUCAGGAAAUUAUCGAGUCGCAAAAAUCUUAUCAAAAUCUAUUGAAGUCAACAAUCGAAGAGCAAAAUCUAAAUUUAGAAAUGUUAAAAAACUUCAACAGUCAACUUUCGGCUGUAACAAACAUUUACGAACGUAGCUUCUCUCAGGGAUAUUUCAGUGAUAUAAGCGAAGGUGCAGUGAAAGCGCGCAAUGCAGAGGAUACUUCGCCAUCAUCUGUCACCCCACCUGUAUCAACCACAGAAGUCGACGGGCUCUCUCCAACAACGACAAAUCCAUGUCCCAGUCCAACAGGCCGGAAAUUGUUGGUGAAACCAACAUUGCCUUUGCGAACCAACUACAACAAUGAUUUCAAUCGUCCCCCGAGCUGUCCCGUACAAGGGCGCCGAUGGCAUUAUGUGACCGAACGCCAGCUCAGUAACUAUUACAAUACUCAACCGCCGGAAAUUGAUACAAAGUUGAAUAAUUGGUUGGCUCGGAACAAUAUUGAUCCUGUGUCGCGGAAUUUGAUUCUACAGGAGGACUUUUCGUACGAGGACUUCAUGUAUUAUCUGGACAGAGCAGAUUUGCAAAGAAUCGGUUUGAAGUGCGGAGUUGAACUUCGAAUAUGGCGUCUUCUAACCAAUCAUCGCUUACAAUUCAAAAAUCUCACCGAAGAACUUGCCCAUCAAAAUCUCAACAACGUUGAAGAUUUGAAUCAAAAUUGUCUUCCUGAAUUGCUUAACUCACAUCACCUAAACAAGUCUGGAUCGAAUUCAAAUUCGAAUUGCAAUAGUUACGAUUCAUCCGACGACAUUGAUUAUGAAUCGUGCAAUGGAAAUGAGGAAACCAAGUAGUUUUGCAGAAGCAAAUGUGCAUUAGAUUAUGAGAGAACUGAAAUAAUGUUAGCGUUUUAUGCGAAUUUAAUAUUCUAAAGUGCCUUCUAAUUUUAGAUGAGUAGUUAUUAUGAUUCAAAUUUGGUCCUACUUUGUAAAUACUUUCUUUUUGUUUGUGAAUGUAAAACUCUUUGAUUUAUUCAUUAAAUUUCAGAUAAUUUCUCGUUUGGCUUUGUUUGCUUUGUGCAAACAUCAUAUUUUCUACAUAGUGUUCGUUCUUACCCUAAAAUCUUGAUCGUUGUAAAUGAUAUAUAUAUUUUCGUUUCUUUCUUGUGAUAAAAUAGUGUUGCUAAAAGUAGUGAUGUAAGUAAACAGAGCACGAUUCUGAUCGUGAUACUAAUAUUAAAUGAUUGAAAAAAACUAGUUUAAAAUGUGAAAAUAAAAUACAUAUUUAACUUGCGUUAAA